ACGCAUUCUUACCUAAUGUUCGAAAAUUUCGAUUUUCGGCCAAAAUGUGCGUGUUUUUUACUUAAAAAUUGCAUCAUUACAACAGCUGUUACUUUAUUUUAUAGACUCGACAAUUUCUAUAAAUGAACACUUAAAGAUAACAAAACCCAGGUUAUAUAUAAAUCUUCAUCUCUUUCUAUCUAAAUCCCAACUCUAUAAACCCAACUUAAUCCUUCACAUUUUAUCCAUUCCUUUUCUCAACUUCAAUAAUCAAAAAAAAAGAACGACUUAAAAGUGAAGAAAAGAUAAAAGUAAGCAAAAAACUAUCUUUGAAAAGGGAAUUAGGUCGGUGAAAUAAAAGAGGGUGGUGGGUGUUAAUCACGUGUUGAGCUUCUGGGCAUCGCCGCCAGGUGAGCCGAAUCGAUUUUCAACCCCUCCAUAGAAUACAGCAAAGUGGCUCCGUUCAAGUUUAAAUUCAGGAUGUCCAAGAGUAACUCCUCGACGAGGAGUAACUCUGUGGAAAGUCCCGAUCAUUGUGAAUCAGCGGGAGAUUUGGGGAGUCCACAAAAACAGAACGUUCCGGCUAUUUUAGAGGGUGCAGAAGGGCAAGAAGUACCAUCGAGUCCUCCACCAUCCUACGAGUUCGUUCUUGAAGAGACCAGAAAAGCUCAAGCUGAAGCGACAACAUCUCCAACAAAAGGGCCUCAAAUUUUGCACAAAUCAAGUAAAGAACUUUAUAAGGCAGUGGCAAAACAAUUUGGAAUUACUUGUAAGAUGAGCGAUCAAUGCCGAUGUGUUGAUUGUCAAAUUCAUUAUUUCGAUUGUGAUUCUGACCAAAAUGAGCAUCAAAAAUCUGAUGGAGGAUUAUCCGCUGGAACUCCGCUAUUCGUUUCGGAACUAAUUCAUGGAUCUACUCCGUGUUCGAUAUUGUAAGUUAAAUCCAAAAAAAACACACAAAUAACUUUGAAUUUUUGAUUAUGUAUAAAAUUGUUUAUGUAAAUAAAAACUGUGGCAAGAAGUACUUAACAAAGUAGAACAAAAAAAAAUUAAAAUUAACAACGUAGGAUAGUUUAAUAAGCUUUCUUACGAUCUCAUAACAUAUUAGAGCUAGCUGAGGGCUUAAAUGUAAAUAAAAAAUUAAGUUUUAAGAAAAAAUAAUCUCAAAAAAAAAAUCUGUUGCAAAAAAUUAAUUAAUCGAAAACAAUAAUAAUAGAUUUUUUUUCUUAGUUAGAAUAGUGGUGUUACAUAGUUGAUACAAAGUUUAAAAUCAACUUAGAUCGGGUAACGUGGAACCAACAUAUUUUCAUAACUGCUACUGAACGUGUUAGAUACGAAUUAAAUUAACCGAAAAGAUUAAAAAGGAUGUAUAAGUAUUUAAAGUUCUUCUCCAAAAAUAAGAUCGAUCAAAAACACCGAACGGAGAGGAACAGUUUUUGCUGUAAACCCGAAACUUCGAUGACAUAUCAUGUAUAUGCCUUAUAUUUCUUAAUGGGUAUUAA